CCCAGAAAUGACUAUCCUUCUUCUCCAUGUCCCUCCUCCGACAACGCCCAUCCUCUUCUCCAACUCAUAUUCUCCACGCUCCACCACCACACGAACUCUCGAUCUCACGCGGCGCCUUCGUUGCCGCGUCUCCAAUUCCUCAGAGGUUAAAUCGGAGUACAAUCCUGGAGUUCUCGACGAUUUCUUCAUGCGUUCGUUCCGGACCAAACUGGUGGAGGAAGUCGGGUCGGAUUCAGACAAACCAGGUUACGUUGGUCUUAUUGAGCUUGUCAAGCUUCUCUUGUUGCAAGGUCGUACUAGGUCCGAGACCAAUGACGCAGCGGUGCGGAUACUGAAGUCUUUGUUUCCACCGCUCAUAUUAGAGCUUUACAAGCUUCUCAUUGCUCCUUUAGCACAAGGGAAGAUAGCUGCAUUGAUGGUUGCGAGAGUUACUGUACUUACAUGUCAAUGGCUCAUGGGACCUUGCAAAGUGAAUACCAUAGAUCUUCCUAAUGGAGAAUCUUGGGAGAGCGGGGUUUUUGUGGAGAAAUGUCAGUAUCUAGAAGAGAGCAAAUGUGUGGGAGUAUGCAUCAAUACUUGUAAACUACCAACUCAGACAUUCUUUAAAGACUACAUGGGAGUUCCUCUGUUGAUGGAGCCAGACUUCAAAGAUUAUAGUUGCCAGUUUAAAUUUGGGGUAGCUCCACCGAAGGAUGAUGGCAAUGUUAAUGAACCGUGUCUUGAGACAUGCUCCAUCGCCAGCCGCAGGAAAUUAAAUUCCGGGGAGUGUCCUAUGGCGUAAACCUUCGUUUUAUAUAAAAAGUAGUAUGUAAAUGCACCGACUUUAUAUUGUUGUGGUAUCAAUGUCCAACCAUCUCGAUUUGAUCACAUAUAUUUACGAAAUAACAAAAAAUAAAAGAAAUUUGUUAUUGUUGUAGCAUAAA